GAUCCACAGCACAGUGAGCGGAUCCUGGGGGUGGAUCACUGUCCCGGAAACAGGGUUGAUGUUGGGGGUGGUGUCGGAUCGAUGUGAGACGCUGUCGCUGUGGACCUGUAGCGAGCGCCUUGCCCCCGGGAAGUGGGACUGAGUUCGGGAAGCUGGGGCCGCUAGCGGAUCGUUCUCCCUCCGAGCCCCGUGCCUGUACCGAACCUAACCGUGUCACCGAGCGGGCGCGGAAAUGAUGAUUGAACGUUGUAAUGAAAAUGCCAGCAGUCAUAAAAGUUGCUGGUAUAGACCUUAAUGGGCUUGAAGAUUCGACUCCUUCCUUACAUUUCAGCUGGGAGCAAGUCUAAGAGUCUUGAUCCAUGGGAUUAUACUGAGCUGCCAGCAGAUCGGUCUAAAGUUCCUCACACAGCCUCUUGGUUACUGUUUUUUAAUUACUUCCUUUUGUCUCCACUAACUGUGAACACUGCCAAAACCCAUCAGUGUUUGAAUGAAGGAUCGUUGGGUCAAAUGCAGAAGAAAAAUGUCCAAGUCGUUUAUUUACUCUAUCAGCUGGAAAAUCGCAUUAGGAAAAUUCAUAGCAGACUGAAGAUUGGUCAACCGCAAGCAGGUGUCUAGUCAACUCAGGAGGCCUACUUUAACAGCCAGCUCUAAAACAGGGAGCUGAUAUGCAGGAUCAGAGUAAAAGAUAUUCCCACCUCUAUUCCGGAUAUAUGAGAGGGACCCCAUCAGAAAGACAGGACGACAGCGGGAUGUUCUCUCUCCUGUCCGAAUCCUUACAUUCCCUGUAUCCUACAUACCAGCCAAAAUCCUCGUCACUUUCUCUGUCUCGAGUGUAUGAACCUGGUGGUAGAUCCGACCCGUUGAUGACAAGAUCUGUUGCUGGUAUACCCAGAUCGCUCAAGAGCCUCGAGGUUGAGAAACCACUCAACGGGAGGUGCCUGUCCACUCCGAGGUAUAGUACCUGCCUCGAUACGUCUGCUUUCUCUCAGUGUAUACCUCAAAGGAAAGCUACGUUAAGCUCACACAAUGUCAAUGUGGGCCGAUAUACACCAUUGGGCCAAACCGCGACUGACAGUGUUGGCCUGUCCGUCUCCAGCUUUAAGGCACUCCGCGACAAGGAGGUCACACCUUGUUUCUCCGAAUUCUGGGCCAUGAGGCAAGCGGAUUCCAACAGGCCGUUUCGAGACCGCACCUCCCCCGAUUGGGACCCUGAUGAGGAAUACCAGGCUCUGCUGGAUUUUACAUAUCCCUUAAGACCAGGGCACAUCAGCUCCAGGGACAACUUUGAUGAUGAUGAUGAUGAUGAUAUGACCUCUGACUCCUAUCUAAAGGAUUCUGGGAUCAUGGAUGACAGCCUGAUACCCUCCCUGUCAAAUACAACUAUUACAAACACCUCGUUGUCACUGCCUGCUUACCAGUCUAACACCAGCAGUGCUGCUAACAUCACCUGGGGCCAUUCUAGCUACAGAGAGGAUCACGCAGUGACACCUUACUGUUCCUCCAGCCCACCCCACCUGCACAGCCAACCAUCCUAUUGGCUGUCCGAACAACCUCCUAAGGCUGGCAUCAUUCCAAACACCUCAGUGGAUAGCCCUGCGAGGAAUAAAACUGAGGGCCUCAUUAACCAGGCAGUCCUGUCUGAGCAAACCAUGGCCUCUUCAGUCAUUGAUUCGAGUUUUCUGUCAGGCAGCUCAAAUGAGGAAUCUUCCAAGCCUUUGCUGUCGGGGAAAGAUCCUGGAGGCUUUAUAUUAACCACGCAGGUGCUGACUUUAAACAAAGAAUGGGAGAGUGAGGAGGAAUUUCUCACUCUCCCUUACAAGCUGAAUGAACUGGAAGCCUUGGCCCAACAACUGGAGAAGCUCUCUGUUCAUUGGGAGAGCAAGUCUGCCAAAGUAGCCAGUGGGAUGAGAGAGGGCACAGACCCUAAAAGUGGCAGUGCCAAGUGUAACCUCACUGAGCAGGACAGCAGCACCGAGGCUGCUCAGUCUAGCUGCCAACUGGGAGUUAGUCCCAGAAAGAAGCCCAAGAGUCCACAGUAUGAAGAUAUAAUUGCCGACUUAAAAAGGGCCAAUGACUUUAUUAGGAAGUUGGGCACAUGGUCUGGUUCUCAACUGCUAUUCAACCAGCCUUUGGAACAAGCAGCUGAGAACAAUGUGAGCCUGUUGGCUCACAUUCAGAGCUUUAGCUCUAAACUUGAAGAAAUGGUCCAGUGGUUGUAUGAUGUAGCAGAGACCACAGAUAACUGGAUCCCACCACAGCCUACAAUGGACAGUAUCAAGGCUUCCUUGGAUAAGUGUAUGGCUUUCAGGAAUGAUAUAAAGGAACACCAAGAGCUGACGGCAAGUGUGUUAAAUUCUGGAGAACACCUGCUCCAGUCAAUGAGCAGCACCACACCAGUUCUCAAGGAGACACUUGAGUUGAUCUCAAGACAAUCCAAGCAGCUGAAUGGACAUGCUGCCCACCUGUACUUCUCGGUUCUUGCUGCUAUGAAUAAGGUGAAAGAUGAUUUAGAGACGAAGCAACAGGAAUUUGAAUCUGCUGGCGUGGAAGGGCAAUCAGUGUUGAUGCCAAGUGGCUUGGAGGAACAUGAUGCAGCAAACCACGUGAACAUGGAUCAUCCAGUUUAAAAGGCUGAGGAGUGGGAGGGUGAUGCUUCUUUUAAUUCGAGUCUGGGAAGAACUUGCUCUGUCAAAUUAUUGGCUUAAUUUUACACUUUUCUAAAAACUAACGAUCAAUGAGUGCGUACACCUCCUGUUAUUACACUUCAAAACUCUAUUUUAUGGUACUCGGUUACUUUAUUGCCACAGCUUGAAUUAAAUUUUCAAUUUGGUCAAAUUCAAGUCAUUAAAUAACACUUGAUGGCCUCAGAGGCAAAGGGAAGAAAAUCCAUAACUGCAUCAAAUAUUCUGAAUUGCAGAUAGAUCUGUCACACAAACCUGUUAAGGUGCAACCCAUACUGGGGUUUACAGGACUUGUAGACAGUCAAGACCUCCUCCUAUUCAGUCCCUCCUAGUGAGAUGUAGAGUGUUAUCAGCUCCCACAC